GCAGCCCCCCUGCACAGCACCUACCAUGAGGACGGCCCCCCCUCCUACUACGACAACCAGGACUUCCCCACCGCCCACUGGGAUGACAAGAGCGUCCGGCAGGCCUUCAUCCGCAAGGGGUUCCUGGUGCUGAGCCUGCAGCUGAGCGUCACCUUCGCCUUCGUCGCCGUCUUCACCUUCCUCAAAGGCGUCAAGGGCUUCGUGCAGCGCAAUGUCUGGACCUACUACGUCUCCUACGCCGUCUUCUUCAUCUCCCUCAUCGUCCUCAGCUGCUGCGGGGACUUCCGGCGCAAGCACCCCUGGAACCUGGUGGCCCUGUCCAUCCUGACGGUCAGCCUGUCCUACAUGGUGGGCAUGAUCGCCAGCUUCUACAACACCGACGCCGUCAUCAUGGCCGUGGGCAUCACCGUCGUCGUCUGCUUCACCGUCGUCAUCUUCUCCCUCCAGACCAAGUACGACUUCACCUCCUGCCGGGGGGUGCUCAUCAUCUGCCUGGUGGUCCUCAUCGUCUUCUCCAUCCUCUGCAUCUUCAUCCGGAACCGCAUCAUGGACAUCAUCUACGCCUCCCUGGGGGCCCUGCUCUUCACCUGCGUGAGUCCCGGGGGGGCCCUGACCCCCUGGGGUCAGUACUGGGUCCUGUUCAGCAUCUUCAUUGACAGCCUGGAUGAGGGGACAGGUCGGGACAGGGGAGAGGACACCAAGGUGACACCCCAGAGAGUCGUGCCAACACCCAGCGAGAUGGACAGGCUGGAGAGGAACCUCAUGGGGUUCAGCCAGGGCAGGU